AUGGCUCCUCAAGCAUUUAACACUACUGCGCUUCAUCAACUAACGGCGGACAAUCCAAAUGUCAUUAUUUACAGCCAGACUGACUCCUUUGGCUUGAUUGAGAGCGACAUUCAAUUAGCUCAAUCUCAACCGGCCCUUGAGUGUCGGCUUUAUCCACUGUUGAAUCGCGUCAUGAGCGACAUAUGCAUUGUUGCCAAAUGCAAGAGUAAUUCUCAGAUCAGACUGCAGUGUCAUAAUCAGGCUCUGUUUGCUGUUCCCCAAAGCUCGCGUUUCCGAGUCCCUGAUUGUGCUGCAUGUCUAUUUGAUUCUGAAUCUCUCCAGUUAACCCCUGUAUUUUGGCUGGAGGCCAAGGCUUCAAGUCAUAACGAUCCUAAAAAGCGGAAAGAAAGUGAGAAGGAGAAGGGCAAGAAUAAGCUUACAGACUCCGAGGAUGAGGAUGAAGAUGAGGACGAAGAUGAAGACUUCGGUGCCUUUCAGGCCAAUAGGCAGCCCAAUGGAGCUAGUAAGACCUCUGUCAAUACCUUAGAGCUUUGUAUACCUCAACUUCGGGAGCAAGUCGACUUCGCAUUCAAAGCUUUUCCAAAUGGUCCGACCACCUACAAUGUCUUUUUAUUUAUUGGCAUGUACUGGUCCCUUCUGGUCUUUGACAAAGAGAAGGAAAGAUCUGUCGAUGAUUUCAUCGGAACAUUCCAGGACUCCGUCACAAAGAGUCAGGACGAAGCAGCGGCGGCUAAAGACCGAACACCUCCUAAGAAGCGCCGCAGGCGUAUUCUAGAAAUUCCAAAAAUCAACAUCCCUGACAACCUCCUUCCAGAGCUCAGAUAUCACCAUGAGCCCCUUGUACUUGAACAACCUGCAAAAAGCUAUAAUCCCGCGUUUUUGGAGUGUAUAUCUUCCCUACUGGAACAGCAGGAUUUUACCUUUCCGAGUCAGCCUUCUUGGUUCACUCCGUCAAAUAACUUCACGUAUCAACCACCCAAGACCGAGGAUUUUGCCCAAAUACACGCCGCCUACGCGAGAUCAGUUGACGACUUCCUUAAGUAUCAUGAUAUGGUGCUUCAAGAUGAAAUCUAUUCUCCCCCGUCAGGCGACAACUCUAAAGAUUAUCGUGAUAGUAGUCGAGUUCAAGUCACUGCUCGCGAUCCAUAUCUAAUGAGAGAUCGCCGAGGCGGAAGUGUUCCCGAUUUUGGCAGUCCAUCCGAAGGACUCAGACGAAAGGCUAAAGAUAUCGACAGCCCCUCGCCGGCACCAGCCAAUCGGGAUCGGCGUCGUUAA